CCCAGCGCAGAGAGCUGGGGCCCUGGUCGUCAUCUUCAUCUUGAACCGUGGCUACUGAGAGACCAGCAAGAUCAGACUGUCGUGACCCACAGCACGAGAAAUGGCCGCGGAAGGCCUUCUCGCCGAGUAUCCAGAGCUGCGGCCGUUCGUCCUCCCCAACGUGCGACUCACUGGCAUCAGAAUCGGCGCCGGAGCCUACGGCAGCGUGGAGGAGGUGGCCGUGCCUGGAGCCAUCUGCGCCUCCAAAAAAAUCCACUGCCUGUGAAUACUGCUAUUUGUUACUCCACCCUCCCAGACCCAGUCUAUAGUCUUCUACCAUCAGCUGUACCACAUUCCACACCAGUCAAAGAAAACUCACUGUGCAGUGUCAUCAUAAGAAGACAGCACCAUUUAGAAUGAGGAGAGGAUCUGUAACAACUGAUGGUC